AUGUCGGAGCGCGUCGAGCAGCGCUACUGCAUUAAGUUCUGCUACAAGCUUGGUGAUACACAAGUGCAAACUAUCCAGAAGAUUCAGCAAGCCUUUGGCGAUGAAGCCAUGGGAAUAACACAGAUAAAGGAGUGGUAUAAUCGCUUCAAGCAAGGACAAACCUCAGUUGAGAGCAAGCCACGGUCAGGCAGGCCAUCCACCAGCAGAAACGAAGAAUUCAUUGAAAAUGUUCGUAGAAUAGUGGAGGACGACCGUCGUAUAACCAUCAACGAAAUUACUGAAGAAGUAGGAAUAAGUACAGGAUCAGUUCAUACAAUUUUAACGGAAGAUUUGGCCAUGCGACGAGUGUCUGCUAAAUUCGUUCCCAAGUUGCUGGUGGAACAGCAGAAACAACUCCGCCUGGAAAUUGCAGAAGACCUGCUUGACUGUGCUAACAGUGACUCUGACUUCAUGAAGUCUAUCAUCACUGGUGAUGAGACAUGGGUGUACGGAUAUGACCCGGAAACUAAAUUUCAGUUAUCACAAUGGAAGCAUCAGACAUCACCAAGACCCAAAAAAGCACGACAGGUUCGCAGCAAUGUCAAGGUAAUGUUGACAUGUUUUUGUGCAUCAUGA